UAGAUACAAAUCCACAUUUUAUUUCUUCUAGCCACAAUAUAUAUAGGUUUGUCUCAAACUGCAAACAUAUCUUUCUAACUCUUUGUCUUUCAUUCACAUCCUUUCCCUUCCAAAGAGGGCUCUUCUCAUACUUAUUAAAUUCUUCCUUUAUAAGAAAUCAUCUAGCAAAUAGAUAAUAUAUCAAAAAAUUAUCGGAGUUUGUUCUGUUCCGAGAAAAACCAGUAUAGCCACCAUAUAUAGUCAUUAGUCAUGCCUCGAGGCUCAGCUCUUCAAUGGCUUAGCUUGGUGGGUGUGAUAUGGCUUCAAUCAAUUAACGGAACCAACUCUAAUUUCCCUGCUUACUCUUCACAACUUAAGCAUCUCCUCUCUUUAUCUCAACUGCAACUCAACAACCUUGCACUUGCAUCUGAUGCAGGAAAACUCUUUGGUUGGUUUGCUGGCAUUGCUGCCAUUUACCUACCUUUAUGGCUAGUCCUUUUGAUUGGUUCUACUCUCGGCUUAAUUGGCUAUGGUUUACAGUAUCUCUUCCUCACCCAUUAUAUUACUUUCCUGUCAUAUUGGCAUAUCUUCUUUCUGACAGUAUUAGCAGGAAAUGGCAUUUGUUGGAUCAACACAGUUUGUUAUCUUGUUGCUAUACAAAACUUCCCCUUUCACAGGCAAGCUGCUGUUGGUCUGACUACUAGCUAUUUAGGGUUGAGUGCUGUCAUAUAUACAGCAGCAGUCGGUGCAUUUUCUUCUAAGCCCUCUAGUAGAGCUGAAGAUUAUAUGCUAUUCAAUUCCAUCUUUCCUGUAGUAGUUAGUGUCAUCACUGCGCCUUUCCUCCAGCAUAUUGAUACCGGUAAGACUAAGAAGGUUGAACAAGGGUUUUUUAUUGUUCUGAUAAUAACAAUAGCUACCGGACUUUUUGCUGUGGCGAGUAGCUUGGGACCGAGUUCAAGGAGGUCUUCGCCCUGGUUUGAAGUGGUUGGUUUAGGAAUCUGUUUAACAGCACUGUUACUUAUUCCUAUGGCAGAGUUUUUCAUUGGUAUACUUGAAGAAAAAUGUCAUAUCAACAGGGAAAGAAGAGUAUGUGAUCUUACAACUGAUGUUGAUGAUGAAGUAAAUCAUCAGGAUGUUGAGGAUCGGAUGAAAAAUCAGGAUCAUGAUAUUGUAGAAGCUAAACAGGAGAUAUGUGCUAUGGAGGAUAUCGGUGUAAAAUUGAUGCUAACAAGACUGAAUUUCUGGCUGUAUUUCUUCAUCUACAUUUCGGGUGCCACCCUUGGUUUAGUUUAUAUGAACAACUUGGGACAGAUAGCAGAGUCUCGAGGCUAUCCUAGAACAUCGUCUUUGGUCUCUUUAGCUUCUGGAUUCGUGUUUUUUGGUCGAUUAUUGCCAUAUAUCCUCGACUAUGUCUACUCAAGGAGUAAGAACAUGGUUCCAGGACCGGCAUCAAUAGCAGGUGCAAUGGUGCCAAUGACAGCAGCAUUCUUGUUGCUUGUGAUAAGUGGAAGCAACCUUUCUCUUUAUGUCAGUACAGCAACCAUAGGAUUUUCAACUGGUGUAAUCACUGCCAUAUCAGUCUCUACAACAACUGAACUAUUUGGACCCAACAAUUUUGGUGUAAAUCAUAAUGUUGUGGUGGCAAAUAUCCCUUUAGGAUCCUUCCUUUUCGGCGGUUUAGCAGCAGUUUUGUACCAUAAAGAAGGAGAUGAACAUGGCAGAUGCUCAGGUCUGCAAUGUUACAGACUGACUUUCGCCGUCUGGGCAUCACUUUGUUCACUUGGAGUUGUCCUUGCUUUGCUCCUCCAUUUUCGCACCCGCAAAUUCUAUUUGCAGAGGUUGUAGUUGCCAGAGAAUUAAGCAUAUAGUAUAGAUAUAUGAGUAUACUACAGUAUAACUAGCAGUGAGUAUAAUUAUAAACUUGUAGCAAUGCCUAGCUAAUUUUAGGGAGGAAUAGUAGACAUCAUUUAGGAUCAGUUGUCCUUUUGACAGCCCAAGAUACUAACCAGGUGCAUGUUUUUUUUCUCUUGGUACUUCCUGGGCAGUGUAUAGUUAUCAAAUCAAAUUUAGUUUUGCAGAAAAUUCAAGGUUUUGAAGAUGUAAUGCGAUAAAAGGUAGCUUCAUUAUUCUUAGUUUCUACUUUCUCUGAUAUGAUGUGGUUAAUUCUUGAA